AUGUCCCGUUUUCUUCGACUUUUGUGGGUUGUAUUUCAAGUACUUGUUAUUACGGUAUUCAGUGAUUUUCAGAAUGACAGAAGGCUCUUGGAGGAUUACAACAGUAGGUUGCUUGUGUAUGUUAACUUUCUUAUCAAUGGAAUGUGCUUGAACUUCUUCCUAGAUAUGAACCCUAGAUGUUGCCAGGCCCUAAACUAGAAUCGUGUUAUAUCUCAAUUUCUAAAAUAGCGAUGUUUUCGCCAAAGAAAUGGUUCAAAAACCAUAAUUUUGGUAUAUCUACGACAGAGUCUUUUUUAACUCUACAUACAGAACGAUUGAAAACACUUACAAUCCUAGUUGAAUUUUUUUUCUCUCUAAACAGACGCAAUAUUGAUUACAAAGUUGACGAGUUUACAAGUCUGAUUUCAUCGCGAUACUCAUUGACUUAAUGUUUUCUUGUAUCGAUCAACGUUUGAGCAAACCUUCCGAGAGGAAGCUUAUGGUAAAUGGUGCCACUCUAAAUCUUUCCUCUCACACAAGAGAUACCCCAAGAAAAAAAAGCGCUGCCUAAUAAAAACAAAUUGGCAAAGAUUUAUUCACCCAAGCCUUGACAAACUUAGUGAUUAUUUCUAUAACUAUUGAUGAAAAGAUCUCUUUUCAGGAACGAUAAUUUUUAGUUUUUUUGUUUUUUCCACAUAAAAAAUGACUCCUCUAUUAUCUAUCUAACAGAGGGGCCCUCUUGAGGGGCCCUCCUUAAGGAGGCUGAAAUACAAACUAGAAAAGCUAUUUCUCCGCUAUCAGCAAGCUUUACCUGUGCCCCUUAGAAUCAAUUCAAGUAUAGGCCAACUUUCUUAAGCUAGCGAUGUUUCAUCAGGUGAAAAUGAUCUUUCGAAAAAGGAUGUCUUUACUUAAAGUAAAAAACUCCGAAAACGUGUUAGAGUCUGCCUGAUACGAAUACAUAUCUCUGUAGUUAAGCUCAUAAAUUCAACAAAUAUUUUCAGCUUUUACGCAGCCUAUAUCACCAAAACAGUAGUUAACUCAAUGUCUCUGCAGAUCUAAUUGAGAAACAAGACAUGUUCAGAGUAGAGACGUUCAAUUAUAUCGCGUGUUAACAUGUGUGACCUUUCAUCUAUCACGGGCAUUCAUUUCUCAGAGCUUUCCGUCUUUUUAAUUAAACAAAAAAAUCCGCGUGUGCAAGCGCGAAGACAGAAGAAAAGGAGACAAGCGAUAUAGAUAACUCUAAAUUUUACCUGAUACAUAUGUUUACUCCAGCAUCUGUGCAUUUGAAUGUUUGGGUUCAAAUUUUACUCUGGCUUUUGGAGACCAGCCAUCAUUUAUCGCGUGGAGGAGCGCGCGGGGGAGAGGGGGGGGGAGGUUGGAGAGUUUUGGUUUAAUAUUCUUGUGAUCCCCCCUCAAUAGAAGUUCAUUGGCAGUUAAUUUUUCAUAGUCACGUUUCCCCUUUAUACAUUGUUGGCUAUGACUGAUACCCCCCCCCCCGAUAACCAUUAGACCCCCCCCCCACAAAAAAAAAUCAUCCGCCCCUCUUCCCCUCUUCUGGCAAUAAAUAAUGAGUGGUUCUUCAUGUUAAGGUCUCAAAAAAAAUUCUACAUGUUAAUUUGACUUUAUGUCAUUCCAGAGUUAUUUUGAUAAUUAAUCUGGAACAGGAGAGACUGUCACAAUCAACCACGUUUUUGAUAUUAAAAUGUCACACCACACAAAAAUGCAUGUGUUUACUGCGGAGUAACCUAUACUACAAUAUGACUGGCCAUAUGCUUGAUAGGUAAAGACACAUUCUGUUGAAAAAAUAAAACAUGAUAUGCACAUACAUUUCUGAGUUAAGUGAUUAUUACCGUCAUACUAACAUCAAAGUUCUUUAAAGCUCAGGGAAAAUUUACUCUCAUAGCUAUUUGUGUUCAUUUCUCGUACUGAUCAAAAAAACUCAUUGAUAAAUAGCACGUUUCACAUUAUCACCUGAUUUUCAUUAAUGUACGUGCUUGCUGGAAACCAAAAAAUUAUUCAUAAAAUUGAUAAACUUCUGGAAUAAGACAAUCAGUCGUUUUCUAAAUCAUGUAUCAUGCAUCUCUCUUUUCAAAAUGUCCAGAGACGGAAGAAUAACGAUCUUCAGAGUCAAAAAUGGCAGAGAAUAAUUAAUCGCUUGAUUGUCCAUAUGAAUCAAUUUUUCUAAGAUUUCUAAGGACAAAAUUCAUGUAAAUGCAACUUAAAGAAGCACCAGAUAUUCUUUAGUAUGACAGAUAACUGUUUCCUAACAGCAAAGAACUUCAUACACCCCUCCAGAUAUCUAAAAAAAUUUUACUUUCUCGUUCAAGAAUUUCAGCACAUUCCGUCAGCAAGAACCACAAGCAAGAAGCUUCAAAUGCACUUUUUGGCGCAAACAGACGCUUCUCGCCUCAAAAGACAACUACGUGGCCACUAUGAUAUCAUUUACAUCAUCGACUCUUCCAGCUCGAUCAGCAGGGCUGAAUUCCGAAAGGGCAUCAAAGCCAUUCAAAUGUUGAUUGACAAGGGUGCACGUGACUCGUUACACGCGGCUAUUACAGUAGCCAAUAAGGCACACCCUGUCUUCACAUUUACUUCCGUUGAAAAAGCCAAUGAGAAACUGGAGAAACUGCAAAGAACCGGUGGAAAAACAAACAUGCAAGAGGCGUUAGAGAAAAGCUUACGAAUGUUUCAAAAUCUUAGCAGCGGAGCCCGAGCCGGAAGUUUUAGACGCGUUCUGGUUGUGACUGAUGGACAGUCCAACGUGAAACGGAACAAAACGCUCUUGAAUGCCAUGGACCUGAAGCUCAAUGGAGCAGAGAUCUUUGUGAUUGGAGUAGGAGAAUACUUGGAUGGAAUUCAUGAAUUGGUGCACCUGGCUAGUUCAUUGGAUGCACAUUUAUACAGAGCUGGUGACAUGCAAGGUCUCGUUGAAGUUGUCAAACUCAUAACACCGGUCAGUUACAGACGGAGCUGGGAAUCAGAAGUCAGGAGAAUAAGGCAAGCAGUCAUGCUUGGAAGGCAAUAA